GACAUUUUCAUGGGCAGUUAUCAUACGCUGUUCUGAGGAGAGCCUUUGCAGAGUUGCUGUGACUGUGGCGAGAGAGAGAGAGACAGAGAGAGAGAGGCGGUGGCGAGAGAGAAUGGUUUUCUUGCAGGAUUGCGAAGAACUGGUGUUGCACAACGUCCUGUCGAAGGUGGGAGGUAGGCAUGCCGCCCAGCUCUCCUGCCUCUCAAAGUCCCUGAGGAAUGCCGCCUUGGAUGACAGCAUCUGGGCGUCCUUCUGCCUCGCCGAUUUCGGCAUCUCCGCUCCUCUGGACCAUCAUGGCAACCCAUCCCCUUCUUUCAAGGCAGCAUAUAAAACUUGGCAGGAGUCUUUUCACAUGUAUCCGCUGCCACUUGUGAGAAGAGUUAAAUCCUGUUGGGAUGCUAUUAAGAGCUGGGCAUCAGAAAAUUUUCCAGAACUAUUAUCUACACUGCAAAGAGGUGCAUCUGAAUCCGAAAUUAAUGAGAUGGAACAAAGAAUGGAAGUAAAAUUUCCUCUUGCAACAAGAAUCAUCUACCGAUUUGUCAAUGGCCAAGAAAUCAAGGACUUCGAUUUUUUUGAAAAUGAGCAAUUGGCUUCCUUGGGCCUUAUUGGUGGAUACUCCUUCUAUGAUCAUUCAGUGAAUGUGCAUCUGCUGCCUUUAAGUGAAAUAUUUAGGAAAACUAUGCAAUUAGCUUUCUUGUUUCCUUCUAAUAAGCAAAAAUGUGUUGUUAUGGCAGCUUCCUGUCACUUGAACAAGUUCUUUUUCCUGGAUUGUUCUAAUAGUCAGUUGUAUGUUGGUACUGGAAACCUUGCCAGUGGAGAAAUGAUGCCUUGUGUACCUAAGGAAUUGGUUCAAGCAGUCCCUAAUCAACAAGAUGCUUUGCUUCUGUGGCUAGAGGAAUAUGGUAGGCAUUUGCACAAGGGGAUGUAUAGAGUACGCAAAGAGCAGAAUAUCAAAAGAAUUAGCUUAUAUCCAGAAACUUCACCACUUUGUACAACUGCUAUAACUAAUGGCGUUCAGGUGCGUGCAUCUGCUGUUUUUGUUCCAGAAAAUAGUGAUCUUCAAAGUGAAGCGGACAAGUAUUUUUUCUCUUAUUCAAUUCGCAUGCGGCUUAUUUCUCAAGGAAAUAUAUUAGAUGGCACGUGCUUGACUUCUUGUCAGCUUUAUUCACGGCAUUGGAUCUUCCGGGCAAAUGGCACUGUUGUGUCUGAUAUCAGUGAUAAGGCUGUGAUUGGAAAGUAUCCUCUACUAUAUGUAGAUGGUGAAGAAUUUGUAUAUGAAAGCUGCACCAACCAACUAUCAUCUUCUGGUUCAGCUGAGGGUGCCUUCACAUUUGUACCUGGCAGUUUAAGAAGCCCCAAAGGUAGACCUUUUGAUGCUGAAAUCGCUCAGUUUCCGGUCAGCCUUCCAGAGUAUAUAUUCUAAUCAGGAACGCUUCACCUGAAGUCCGAAGACCAUGAAGCACUCGUCUUUGACAAAGAAGGGGGCCAAGUAUGCUAUUUGAAUAAUUUACUGUCAUAUAUGAUGUGACAAAAUUAUUGCGUGCCAGAUUCGUGGCCUAGUUCCUGUUGCAAAUGCUUCUGUACAUAGGCAUGAAAGUGCAGAGAAAUUCAAGAUGUUGUAACAAGGGAUCUGCUUAAAACCAUUCUGGAUUUUAUGAUUUCAAGGUAUUUAUUGUGCCCUUUUCAGAAUUUGAAAUCCAGUUCACGAAAUAUUUUAUUUUGGUUA